GAGCAGCAAGUGUGAGUCGUUUCAGGCUGUAUUACAGAAGUAUAACUGCACACAGAACCGCUGAAGACUAAUAAUAACAAAACCGAGUUAUUAUUCAUCAGUAUCGAUUAACUGUUUUCAGUCAUGAAUCCUUCAACCAGCAGAGACGAAACAAGCCCGCCAGAGCACUACAUGCCUCAAUCAUCAUCAUCAUCAGGAGGAGGAGGAGGAGGAGGUUUGUAUCUGGAUGCCUAUGAGGUCUCUUUUCCCCUGGAGGAGGGUAUUGAGAGACCAACUGCAUAUCACCUGAACCAGGGUCAGCAGAUGAUGGACGAGCCUGUGGUUCAGGAGCCUCCUCACGCUCAGUACAGCCCUUUCAUCCUGGUCUCUAACCUGCGAGCUCACCUGUACGUCGCUCUGGAGAAGAAUGCCUGGCUGCAGAAGCGCAUCGAGGAGCUGGAGGAGGAACGCAACUUCCUGCGCUGUCAGCUGGACCGCUUCAUUGUCAGCAUGAGGGGCCCGGAGGAGUGGUGUGGAGACUCCCAGCGAGGUGUGAAGGUUCAGCCUGCCAGCUCUCCCUCUCCUCCCUCCCCCAUGACCACCAGGUCUGGAAUGACCCUGAAACGCCUGCAGGGACCAGGACCUCGGGCCCGCCGUAGCACUGCUGUCCCUGUCAAGCAAGAGUUUCAUCUGGAAGAGGAUAAGUACUACACCGAGGAGGAGUACGUUGAGGAAGACGAGGAGGACGAGGAGGAGGAAGAUGAGGACUCGUCGGUGGAGAAGGGGUCAAAGAAGAAGGGCAGAGGGCGAGCCAACGGAGAGCCGAGGAUGAAGAUGAGGAGGAUCUUCAGGAUCACCCAUGGGAGGGAGCGACAGAGAGUUAAAGACCCAGACGGAGUUUUGAUUCGUUAUAAGAAGAUCCUGACCACCUACCAGAGAGUGAGGAGCAUGUCCCGGGCCUUCCAGAUCCAUGGAGUCGACCGAAACACCAUGGCCUCCACCUCCCCCAUCGCCGAGCUGCUGCUGGUGGCCCCAGAGAAGGUGGCAGAGGUUGGGGAGUUUGAGGCAUCAAAGGAGAAGCUUUUGGAUUACGCCCGGCGGUGCUACAAGACCAUGGACGACCUGACGCACACCAAGGUCCAGACCAUGAAGAAGACUCACAAGCUGCUGCCGAUCUCCUAUAGGUUCAGAAACUGACAGGAGGGACGAGAAAGAGUAAACCUAAAGAUGUAGAGUUUUUGUUUUUGUUAUGCACUUUUUCAACUUAAAGUAAGUUUCAUUGCCUUAAAGAAGCAGAUAUAAGAAAAAAACGAGAAGAUUAAUUGCCAAAUUACAGGAUUAGUUUGGAUUUUUGCCAACAAGCUACUUGAUUUAUAUAAAUAUCUGUGUUGUUUUUUCCAGCUGUUGUUAGAAUAACCUUAAUAAAAAGUGUUAAUCACAAAAAAAUUAAAUCCACAAAUAUCUCCUUACAGUCUGUUACAUUAAUUGCUGUGUCGUUGUUUGCUCAUGGUGUUUGUCAUGGUAUCCCUGCUCACUGGAGACCAGAUCAAGAUGAUCAAGAAAGGACCUUAAAAAAUUCUUUAAUGUAUUUGAGCAGGAUUGUCUGAGCCAGUCCAAGGCCUCUAAGUAGCUGGUGGACCGGCACAGGUCCAUGAUGGACGAGGAGACCACUAAGUUUUUGCUUUUAAAGGUGCGGUAUAGGGCAAUUAAUCUAUGUGUAGCUCGGUCCAAGCCACUUUGUUUCUGAUUUACAAAGCCAGGGCUGUGUACAAACCCCAGAUUACAUGAAAAAAGGAGAUAUUUGCUGAAUUUGACAAAAAUGUAUUGGAAUCUGUUACCCCACGUUUAACUAGUGUUAUAUAUGUUAUCCUUAGUUUUCAUCUCAAAGCGUACUUAUUGACUUUUCAGUGCCUAAAGACAUUUCAUAGAGCAAUAAUUAAAUUAGUCAUUUAGUCAUUAAUUAGUAAAUGUAUCAUUUUGGAGGAAGACCUUGAGUUUUUUUUUUUGUUGACAAAAAUAUUUAUUUGUUUAUAAAUUUUUCAGAAUUUGGCAGUUUGAAUUAUUAUCUUGUAAAAUAUGUACAUUUAAUAUGUAUUGUUGAAAAAUAACAUUUGUUCAUGCCUAAGUUAUAGAAAUGUUUUCAGUUUUUUCUAAUUGUACUGUAUGGUAUUAAAAGGUUUAAAAUUUCACAUCAUACAAG